UACAUCAUCAAUAACUUUAAGCAGGUUGUUCUUGAGGAGGAGUUCCUGCAGCUAACUGUGGAGGAACUUGCUGACAUCCUUGAUAGAGACGACCUCAAUGUGCAGUUGGAGACCACUGUGUAUGAAGUGCUUACAAAGUGGAUUAGCCAUGUACCUGCAGAACGGAAACAACACCUCACCACUCUGUUGCCCAAGGUCCGACUGGGAUUGAUGACGUCAGACUACCUAAAGGACAAUUUGCUGUCUAGUGAGCUGGUGGGGGCCAAUUCUGAGUGCGUGUCCAUGAUAAGUAAUGUCAUCUUAGACAUACAUGGUCUAGGAAGCAGACCCUUCAUGUCUGGCUUGUGUCACCCUCUUGCUCGUCCCCGCCUGCCUCAUUCCAUCCUGCUGGCCAUUGGGGGGUGGAGUGGUGGUGAUCCAACUAACGGCAUCGAGGCCUACGAUUGCCGGGCUAACCGCUGGGUCAACGUAACGAACAACCUCGAGUGUCCUCGUGCUUAUCAUGGAGCCGCCUUCCUCAACGGGUACGUCUACUUCAUUGGUGGCUUCGACAGGGUGGAGCAUUUCAACAGCGUCCGUAGGUUUGACCUGACCACUCACAUUCCCAACAAAUGUGGGCCUGUUGGUGGCUUCGAUGGAAACAACCGUCUGCGCACCGCUGAGGCUUACAACCCACAUUCCAAUACGUGGAACCUCGUGUCCUCUAUGCUGACCCCCCGCAGCAACUUUGGCAUUGAGGUAAUUGACGAUCGCCUCUUUGUCGUCGGGGGUUUCAACGGCUUCACCACCACUUCGAACGUUGAGUACUACGACACUUUAACCAAUGAGUGGUAUGAGGCGUGCGACAUGGAGAUUUUCCGCAGCGCCUUGAGCUGCUGUGUGGUGUCCGGACUUUGCAACAUGACUGAGUACACCUUUCCUCGUGACUUCCUGCCACUUGCCAAUGUGCCAGAAGAAGCAAUGGAGUCAGCAGAGUCCACAUAACAUCUUUAAAGUGCUGUACUGCCAUGUGUUAACAUCUGAGACUCCAACAUGAAGGACUGAAAUAAAUCUUUAGAGCAUUAAA